CUUGAUGUCGACAUGACAGACUAUGAAGUGUCUGUCCAACAACUCAACGAUCUGUUAACAGAUGAAAACGGAGACUUUCACAUGCCCUCCAAAAACUUCAAUGAAGUCUAUCCCAGAAUACUGCUGGGAAAUCAGUCUGUCGCCACAAAUAUAAUACGUUUGCAACAACUGGGGGUGACACACAUCCUCAAUGCUGCGGAGGGCGUGUCAGACAUGCACGUGAACACGGGUGCCGAGUUUUAUUCAAGUACAGGAAUAAUCUAUCAUGGAGUACCAGCUUUUGACACGGACCAUUUUGACCUCAGCGUAUAUUUUGAAGAGGCUUCUGAUUUCAUACAAACUGCAUUAACAAAUAAAGGUAAGGUUUAUGUACACUGUCAGAAAGGCUACAGUCGUUCAGCAGCACUGGUCAUUGCAUACCUGAUGCUGCAUCACAGGAUGAAUGUUCAUGCUGCUGUGGCCACAGUGAGAGAGAGACGUGAAAUCGGACCCAACGAUGGAUUUCUACGUCAACUGUGUCAGCUAAACAACAGGUUGAAAGGUGAAGGAAGACUGUGUGAGCAAUAACUUUAAAUUGACUCUUUUGUUAUCAGUUGAUAUUUGUCAUUUUUGGUAAUUUUAAGUGUCCUUCUUGUUUAUGCUAUAGAUAUUAUCAUUCUAGAAAAUUAAAGCAUUUUGAGUUAAAGGGGACAUUUCACAAGACUUUUUAAAGAUGUACAAUAAAUCUUUGGUGUC